AUGGAGCCCGUAGAGGAUCCCCACAAGAGUGCGCCAGUGAUUCGUGGCGGAUCAGACGUUCGGCAGCGACUUCCGCCAGUGGUUCGCCGGGCGUCUUUUCCUGACGAUCUCGUGGUCGCGGGCGAUCCUAACUUCACGUGGCGCGGCGACUCUGGCGGCGAAGCGCAUCCGCGAGCGGCGUAUUCGUCCCUCCACUCCGUCGGACCUGCUGACGACGCGCAGCUCGUACCUGCUGCGACAGCGAGCUUGAAUUUUUCCCUUGGUCCUCCACGCGCUCUUUUGCCGUCCUCGAGGCAGCGAGCUCGCGACACCUUCGUCAAGAGCCUUCCCGCCGUCGCCAUGGACGUCGCGGACGCUGCGGCGACUGCGACGGCGCAUCGCGAUGAUCAGACCGGUGACGGGAAUCUGACGGUUCGCACCUUCACGUUUCCUCUUCCCGCUGACGAAUCUGCCUCGCCGCGUCCCGGUUUUAAGCGAGGCCGAGGCCCCGACCAAGACGACGACGACGACGACGACGGCGACGACGAGGUGCAAGGGCGGGAACGACCGUCGCGGUCUUCUUCCUCACCGUCCAGUGCGGGUGUCGCGAGACUGAGCCCUGCGAAGUUCGCAGGUCAGGGAAGCGGCGGCAGCGGCAAGAACAGCGAAGGAUCGUCCCGCGGUAAGUUGUCAGGACGACGUGGCGAGCCGGCGGAUGCGGCAUUGUCGACCGAGAUCAGGCGAAUCGCUAGUGGCGCUCGUCUCGCUGCUCCGUCUCCCGUGCCACAGGCUCGUGCCAACCUAGACCGCCAGAGGCUGUCCCCCGAAUCGCGCUUCCCGCAGCCUGUAAAAAACGCGCACACCACGGAAUUGCCGCCGCCACUUACCCCCGCUCUCCCGCGUCCCGUGGGCCCGCAUAUUACGCAGCGCGACCGCGUCCAUAUGAGUUUCGCACGGGGCCCCCAGGCUCCGCAAUUCCCGCAGCCGACGCCGCCACCUUUCCUGGGCGGCUCGACUGGUGUGGCCAGCUCCGCCGCCACCGCGAGCAGCGCUGCGGCGGCAGCUCCCGCCACAACUGUGGCUGCCUCCGGAGGGUGGAGUGGUCCCGACGGCUCGAGCUUGCUCAUGCACAGGCGGCUUCUGCCCGUCGCUGAUGCGGGGACGGGCUUGGGCGCACGGGGUGGCGACGAGAGGGGGCCCCAUGCCCUUGGGGCGGAGGAAGAGCAGCGCGAGGCCGCCGCGGACGCGACAGGCGGAGGGGAGCACGGGUGGCAGUGGCACACGCGGCUACGGCGUGCGCGCACGGAGGGCCGGCUGCUGGGGGAGGUGUCGUCGCACAACAGCAACACGUUCGCGGCGGGCGACGAGCGCAUGGCGGGGCCGCUGGGCUUGGCACGCCUGGAGUGGCAGGGGCUGCUCGCCGCAGGCGCGGGCGGGAGGUUCGGUGGUGCUGAGGAGCGCAUUGCGGCCUUGCUGAGGGGCGCGGGGGGAAACGCCACGGACAGUGGCAAUGGCGGCGGGGAGACGGGGGUGAAGCGCGGAGCAACGUUUCUUACUCCGCGCACAGAGAGUAGCGGUCCUGGUUGGCAAUUAGCGCAGCAGCAGCAGCAGCUGCAACUGCAACAGAUCAACGCAGCGGCGCUCGUUUCCGCUGCAGCUGCUGGCAUUGCAGCGUCAACCCACCAAAGGCAGACGGCGCAAGAGCUGGCGGAGGCGCAGCCAGUGGCGCAACCGAGUCCCCCUCUGCUGCCGCGGUUGCCAGCUCAGCAUCCAAGCGGGGGCGCGGUGCUGUCGCCCCACGGGGUGCCUCCUCGCCGCGUGUCCAGCUUCGACUUCUCACUUAUGAGCCACAAAGUGCCCCCACCUCUCCCCCGCGCCGCAUCGUACCGUGAACCACCCCCGGGCCCCACCGCUGCAGCAGCUGUAGCGGAGGGGAGGGCGGGCGGAGCUGGGUAUGGCAGCGGCGCCGCAGACGUGGGAGGACGGCGCGGGUCGGAAACUGUGGGUGGGGGCGGGGCGAGCGUGGGUCGAAGCGGAAGGGCUGGGGGUGGGGGUGGGUCGACGACAACAGGAGCUGCCGGGGCUGUGGCGGGUGGGGGAAGCAAGGGGCGGUUGUGGUGUGGCGAGGAGGGGUACAAGUGCAAGGACUGCGGCAUGCGCUUCACCAACGCACAGGCGCUGGGAGGCCACAUGACGGCGCACACCAAGCGACGGCGCUCCAACUUCGCAAGCUACAGCUUCAGCGACACGGGGUCCGGCGGCAGCACCGCGUUCGCCAUGGCAGGUCCCACCUCCAUCGCGCCGCCCACUGUGCCUGCUGCAACGCCCCUCGGCCUCGCUGCACCCCCUGCUGCCAUCCUGUCAGGGGCGCCCCUUACGCACGCCGCUUCUGCAGCAGCGGUUGCCUACUUAGCCAGUGCAGGCGCAGGAGCAGCGGCAACUGGGGGAACAGUGCCAUCCACGCACGCACAUGCAGCGGCAAGUGUAGCAGAGCCCGUCCUAGGGUCGCUGCUUGGGCUGGGACUGGGUGGCGCAGGUAGCAUGGGUGUGAUGCGAGGCAGUGGUAGGGACGCGGGGGGGCACAGUUUGCAGGAGCAGAGGAGUGCAGCCGCACGACAGCAGAUGGUUGGUGGGGGGAGGGCAGACCUGGGUUCGGGCAUUGGUGUGGGCAGCAGCAGAGAGAGAGUGGGCAGAGGGUUUGAGGCGAGGGGUGGUCGAGGUGAUGGCGGGGAGGAGCUGGAGUGUAGUGCGAUGGGAAUGCAGCGACAGCGAUUGGUGCAGGCAUCAGAGAGCAGCCAGCCCACAGUGCAAUUCAAAUCAGGUAAGCACCGAGGCGCAAGGGUGGAAGCUUCUGUUGUUCCGGUGUGCCAGUCUGCUUGGAAUUUCACCUUCUCCUCUCCGCCCGCCCUUCCUGCCGUCUUUCCAUCUCUCCCGUGCCCAGACCCGUCAGACAUGUCGGCGCCAGAGCUGGUGUCAGCAAGAGCAUGGUGUCAGCUGGACAGGUCCAGCGGAGGGGCAUCCACGCCCCUUGCUGCAGGCCUAUCUCCCUUCGCGCAUGGUCUAGCGGCCACAGCUGUCCCUGGUGCAGAUGGCCCCCUCUCCUCUGCUGCUGCUGCAGCUGUUGCAAACACGCACUGGGCUUCCUUCAACUCAGGCCCGUUAGAGCGAGGCGUGGGCAUGUCAGAGUGGUCGCCUCUGCUCAACGGUCCCCCGGGGACCACGUCCUUCUGCGUCACUUUGGAGGACGCCUCGGGUCGCGAGGUGUCGCCAUGGCACGACGUGCCGUUGCAUUCCACCUCGGGCGGCUUCCACCUCGUUUGCACCACGCCCAAGGGGACUCAAGUAGACUGCCACGUGGCUGUUCAGGAGAGGCUCGCGCCGCUGCGCCAUCGCGUGCGAGCAGCCACUGCAGCGGCGGGCGGCGGGUGGCAGCUGGUGCAAUUCAACGAGCCAGUGCCCUGGAAUUGCGGCGUGCUGCCGCAGACGUGGUCGGACGGCGCACAGCGGUGCGCGGAGUUUGGAAACUUGCCGUUCGACGACAGCCCCAUAGAAAUGGUGGAGAUCGGCCGGCGCGUGCGCUCAGUGGGCGAGGUGUACUCUGUGGGGGCUCUCGCGGUGUUCGCGCUGGUGGACCCGCGCGGGUUGCGGCUGUCGUGGAAGGUGGUGGGCAUAGCGCUGGACGACGAUAGCGGCGUGGUGGACUCGCAGAACGGCUCCGUGCACAUCCUGCUCGACUCCAUCCAGGAGUGGCUGCACUCCUGCCGCGCUAUCCGAGGCGAGCGCGGGCGCGUGUUGCGGCUGAAGGAGGGCGUGGCGGACAAGGACAAGGUGCUCGAGAUCGUCGCGCACGCGCACGCCGCGUGGCAGCUGCUGCGCGCGGAGCGGCAGGCGGCGCUGAACCCGCGCAUGUCGAUGCUGGGGCUGGACGACGGCGACCUCAGCGAGGAGGAGGAGCUUGCGCGCGCCACCACGGGCGGGGGCAUGCUGGCGGGCAAGGUGGGGCUGGGCCCCCCCGUGCGCAUCUUCGGCGAGUCGUAUGCGUCCGACAUCGGCGGCCGGCGCACGAGCCGCUCGUCCGAGCGCGGCAAUGUGCGCACGCUGGGCGCGCCGGUGUUCGGCAGCAGCUUGCUGACGGAGUCGUGGGACAGCGAGGAGGAGAAGAGCCACUCGCGCCAGCAGUCGCUCGAGGACGACUGGGACGCGCCCGCCACUUCCAGGAAACCCGCCGCCGACGGGAACUUGGGGGGGGGUGGAGGGGGAAUUUGGGGCGGGGGUGGUGGCGCCCGGGGCGGCGGCGGAAUUUGGGGGGGUGCGGCGUCGACGGGGGGUCGAGGAGCUGGGGGGAUGUGGGGAGGGGGUUCGUGGCAGGAGCGCGAGAAGGUAAGCGCGCCGGGGUUCAGCGAGGGCGCGGAUCGCGCGCUUGUGCGCGCCAGCUCGUCGGCGGAAACGUCGCGCAGCCCGUGGCGGGUGGACGAAGGGGGCGGGGGCUACCUGGACGACGACGACGGCGGGCCGGGCGGGGGGAGAAUUGGGGGGGGGGCAGCGGUGGCUGCGGCAGGGGCAGGGGGAGUGAGUUCCCCUUCGGGCGCGCGGAGUGGGGAGGAUUGGGGCGAGGAGGAGCGGAUGGGGGACGGCGGGAAGAAGGGGUUGCGGCAGAAGAUCAUGGGGAAGCUGAAGCGCACGGCGCACAGCUGGAAAGAGGGCCUCACCAGCGGCGCCGACGAGCGCGACGGCCUGCGGGGGCGCGCGGGGUCGGGCGAGCUGAGCAUGUCUCCGCGCGCGCAGGCUGCGCACGACGCGUACGUGCAGCAGCAGGCGGAGGGCGACGACGAGCAGCCGCCGCAGCAGCAGGCGCAGGGCGGCACGUACGGCCAUGGGCAGCAGCAGCAGGGGGUUGGCAGAGCCAAGGGCGGGUGGCGUCCCUUCGCCGGGGGAGGGCUGCAGGCGGACGACCUCUCCGCCUCGCAACGCCACGGGCGCUCCAAGUCGUUCAUUACCGGGGGGCCCGGGGGAGGACAGGGGGGACCUCGCGGAAGCGGAGCGGUGGACAGCGUAGGGGCAGGGGCAGGGGCGGCGAGUGGGGCUGGCAGUGCGCAAGGGUCGAUAGAAGCGGGGUCAGGGGGGCGCGGGGCUGGCGAGGUUAACGCGGGCAGCAGCGCGGGCACGCCUGGUGCGGGUCAGAGCGGGUCUCGUAACCGACCCAUGUGGUUACCAGGCGGCUCGAAGCUGCCUUUAUUAAAUCGCCCAGUGUCGUCGUCGGGUCGCCUGGGUCGCAGCCCGUCCGUGGGCUUCCCUUCCUCGGGCACCCCCAAGGCGGGCGACGCAGGGGGCGCGGGCGCGGAGCUAGAUGCCUUUGACGCGCACUGCCGCGCCAAGGCCGCGCCUUUCUCCCCCCUCACCCCCUCCGCGUCCCUUUCGCCCCUCGCUAAUGGCAUUUCCGCUUCCAGCCUCCCCCCCCUGAGCCCCGCCCUUGGCUCUUCCCCCUCCAUGUCUUUGGGCGCGCGGGAGCUCUCCCGCACGCCCUCCGCGGACAGCCGCCACCUGCAGACCACCGCGCUCAGCCCGCUCGCCAGCCCCACCGCAGUGGGCGCAGGCCUGGGAUCCCGCGGGCGGGGCGCGCCGGCCGGCGCUGGGCGGGGCUCCGCGAUUCCGUCGCUGGUCGACAGCCCCUCCGCCAUCGGCGGUAGUCCCCUCGGGUCCCCGCGCGCGCCCACGCUCUCGGGGCCUCCCCCCCUCCACCGCGAUCUCUCCGCCCCAUCCGACCUGCUCUCCAGCCCCAGUGGGUCGCAGGGCGGCAGCUGCCCCCCCCCUGUUCCGCGCGCGGAUAAGAGCGGCGGCCAGCCUGAGCGGGAUGCCUCCGCGGGGAGCAAAGCAUCUCCCCAGGUGCGCGCGCUCUCCCCGCUUAAAGACCAGGGGGGGCUGGCUCCGGGGGUUAUAGCUGUGAGUGGCGGCGGCGGAACGGGACCGACCCCUCCGAGAACAGGCGGAACAAUGCGCGGAAAGAGCUCCUUGCGCUGGCGGCGGCCGGGCACUGCGCCCUCUGGGGGCGAGAAGGAGGCGCAGCUGCAAGCAGAGGGCGGAAAGGCAGGGGGGGCGCGGCUGCGAAGCGGGGAGAUGGAGGGCAGCGGGGAAGGGGGGGGACGUGGUAGCGGGGACGAGGAUGGGGCGCGGGCAGGCGCGGAGGAAUGGGAGGGCGACGAGAGUGAGGAGGGGGGGAGAAGGACGGGCAAUGGUGGCAGGAUGAGCGGAGAGGGAGUGGGGUCGGGCGGGGCAGGGCCAACAGUGUGGGAAGCGGGCGUAGGAAUGGGGGAGGGGAGCGAGGGCGCGGCAGUGGGAGAGGAGAGGGUGGAUCGGUUGCUGAUCCCGCACAACGGCGCGGGACCUGCGUCGGAGCCGCCCUCGCCCUCCGCCGCCUCGCCCACACCUGCCCCCGCGCCUGCUGCUGUGGCCGACGGCGCUGACGGCGUAGCAGCAGGGGCUGGAUGGGGCGGGGAGGGUACUGACGAGGGGGGAGGGGGCGCAGCAGGUGGGGCGGGAGGCGGUGGAGCAAGGCGCACCAGAUGGCGCAAGAUUGAAGUGGCGCGCCGUCCGCCCGUCCCCGUGCGGGGUGGUCCGGAUCAGGGGCAGGGGCAAGGGCAGGGGCAGUCAGCAUCAGCAACGCAAGCAGCACAGACUGUAGAGCUCGGACCGGGGCAGGGACAGGAGCAGGAGCAACGGCACGCCCAAGAGCAAGCGCCGUGGCUGGGGCAGGUGCAAGGGCAGGGGCAGGGGCAGGGGCAGGGGCAGGGGCAGGGGCAGGGGCAGGGGCAGGGGCAGGGGCAGGGGCAGGGGCAGGGGCAGGGGCAGGGGCAGGGGCAGGGGCAGGGGCAGGGGCAAACGAGGGCACUGUCUCCACUUCGUAUUGCGGAGUGUGUGGGGCGGGAAGAGGGCGAGCGGAGGGUGAGAGAUGCGGAGAGCCUUGUAGCGCGGGCGAGCGCGCGGCGCAACCAGGAGGAUGGCGCUGCGAUUCCGCGCACUGUGUCCUCCAGCCCGCGGGGCGUGCACGCCGGUGCAGGGGGGAAGCACGGGGGCAAAUGGAAAGAUACGGGGGGAGAUGGGAGAGGAGACGCGGGGGCACGGGCGGAAGCGGGGGGCGGGCGCGCAGUGUACACGGGCAGUCUGCGCACGCGGUCGGACAUGACGGGGGUGAUGGCGUCGUUCGACCCGCUGGACGCAGAGCAGAGCCGCGCGGGCAAGCAGCCGCACACGCUGCAGCUGGGAGCGAACGGCGGGGGGAGGGCGCAGGUGGCAGGUGAGCGAGGGAGGGCGGAGGCAGCGGGGUGGGACAGGGAGGCGCAGAGAAGCAGUGAGGCGGAAUGGGGGAGGGGAGAGAGGAGCAGGGAGGGGCGAUGGCGACACAUGUCAUGGCAGGCCGAGCCUGGCGGUAGAGACGAGUGGAGUGGCAACGGCGGUGAGAGGAGCCGCGGGGACGAGAAGGUCGUGCGCAGGGAGUGGGGGGGCGAGGGCGAGGAGGUUGAAGUGGGGGAGCAGGACGAGGAGGAAGAUGAUGAGGAGUACUUGGCAAGUCGAGCCCAGUAUUUGUACCGCUUGCAACCACAGAAGCAGCAGCCGCUGCCCUUGCCGCAGCCGCGGCAACAGCAGCAGCAGCAGCAGCAACAGCGGCAGCGUCAGCAGCAGCAGCAGCAGCAGCAGCAGCAGCGUGAGGAGAUGAGCGGCAAGGGCAUGUGGGAUGGCCGACUGGAGGGUCAGUUGCGACAAGGGGCCGAGAGGAGGGCGGGGCAGCAGGGACAGGGCGUGAGGGGGCCUGGCAUGGGCGGUGGGGAGCGGCGAGAGGCGCAGUGGGAUGCACGCGGGCAGCAGGGGGCGACGCAGCAGAUGUAUGAUAGCUGGCGUGCACGACAGGAGGAGCAAUACGCGGAGGAGGACGAGGAGCAGGAUGAGGAGGAUGAGGAGGAGGGGGAGGAGGGGGAAGAGGAUGAGGAAGAGGAAGAGGAGGAAUUGGAAGACGAAGGAGAUGACGAGGAGGAGGAAUUUGAGUAUGAAGGAAAAAGCGAGAGGGUGCGGAGAGAGGGAGAGAGAGCCGUUGAGCAAGAGGAGCAGGGCGGGCGACCUGCGUGCACGCAGGGGGGUGGCGGUAGCGGUGGGCGGGAGCGGCGGGGCAGCACACAGGGGUCGCGGGGGGAGGGCGAGUGGUGGGACGGGAAAGAGAGGCAGAGGGAGGAGGGCGGGUAUGGCAGGGGGGCGAGUAGCACAGGGCGGGUGGGGAACAGCGCUGGGGGAGCGGUCGGGGGAGGGCACUGUGGGGCGGACUCCCGGGGAGGGCGCAGCAGCAGCAGCAGUGACGGGCACAGGAGAGGGGGGGGGCGAGAAGGGGUGGUUUCAAGCGAGGAGGAGUACAGCAGUGGAGAGGGGGGGGCAGGCGCGAGGGUGUGGCAACAGCAGCAGCCGCCAGCGCAGCAGCAGCAGCAAUGGCAGGUGCGGGAGGAUGUGAGGGGGCGGGGUGAGGGGCGAGCAGGGGUGAGUCCUGCAAGGCCGCCGCGCAGCGGCACGUGGGACGAUGGCGACUUUGAGCGCGCAGGGCGCUUCCCCAAAGCCCUGUCGUAUGACUCCCCAGGGCGAGGCUCCCCCGGCCAUGGGCACGCGGGGCGCGGUGGCAAGGGGGCGCACGAGCACAGGGAUGCGCGCAGGGAGGCCGUUGACCGGAGGGGCGGCAGUGGCAGCACCGGCAAUGGCAGGGCGGAUGCGAGUCGCGGGGACAGCAGUGGGCGAGGGGAUGGCAGGGCGAGGCGAGGCGAUGGGCGCGCGGGUGGGGCUGAUGUGCGGGGCAGCGGUGGGGAGAGUAGGGGCGCGGUCGCGGAUGGCAGGGGCGGAGUGAGGGUUGGGGGGGCCGCUGGACCGAGGGGGCAUGUUGGGAGUGGGGGUGGGGCAAGGCAGAGCGAGGAUGGGCGAGCAGCGGCGCGCAUGAUGAUGCCUCGCAGCGCCACCGUGGCCGCCGUGCUCUCCACCUCCUCCCCUGGGGCCGCCUCGCCUGCCGCAGCAGCGCGCGGCGGUGCGGGCGGGGGUGCAGGUGCGAGUGGCAGUGGCAGUGGCAGUGGCAGUGGCAGGGGGCACGGGUCAAGUGGUGGCAGGGGGGCAGCAGGGCAGGUGGAACGGAGCGGCAGGCAGGGCGAGGAGAGGGCACAGGGGUUUGCAGGGGUGCAGGCGCGGGGAGGGGCGCAGGGGAAAGGGGGGGGAAGAGGGGUUGGGGCAACGGAGGGUGUGAGGCAUGGAAGUUACGGGCCCAGGCAGAGGUCUGCACCCACCAGGGAGGGUGGUGCUGCCGGGCGCGUGUGA